GCAAGGCAGGUCCCAAUAUAAGGGAGAAUUGGUUCCCCUGUCCUGGACAAGAGGAAAAAGGAGAGAACGAGACCCACGGCGACACUGUGAGAGGAAGCUGCUGGUCCGACCGCCAUGAAAACAUUCCUGUUGCUGUUGGUUCUGGUGUCACUGGAGCUGGGACAGGUGCAAGGAGCCCUUCACAGGGUGUCCCUCAUGAGGCGCCAGUCCCUCCGGAAGAAGCUGCGGGCCAAGGGACAGCUCCCUGACGUGUGGAAGUUCCAGAAGAACCUCGACGCGUCCCAGCUCACAGAAUCCUGCACCCUGGGCCAGAGUGUCAAUGAGCCCCUGGUCAACUUUGUGGAUGUGGAGUAUUUUGGCAUUAUCUCCAUUGGCUCCCCACCGCAGAACUUCACUGUCAUCUUUGAUACUGGCUCCUCCAAUCUCUGGGUCCCCUCCGUGUACUGCACCAGCCCAGCCUGCAAGAAACACUCCAUGUACCAUCCAUCUCAGUCCAGCACGUACAGCGAGGUGGGGACCCCGUUCUCCAUUCAGUAUGGGAGGGGCAGCUUGACGGGCAUCAUCGGAAUGGACCAAGUCUCCGUGGAAGGGCUGACUGUGGUUGGCCAGCAGUUUGGGGAAAGCGUCACUGAGCCUGGGCAGACCUUUGUGUAUGCAGAGUUUGAUGGAAUCCUGGGUCUGGGGUACCCCUCCCUGGCUGCUUCAGGGGUGACCCCAGUGUUUGACAACAUGAUGGCCCAGAACCUGGUGGACCAGCCGAUGUUUUCUGUCUACAUGAGCAGUGAAGGCGAUCAGGGCAGCGAGCUGACUUUCGGAGGCUACGACCCCUCCCAUUUCUCCGGGAGCCUGAAUUGGGUCCCAGUCACCAAGCAAGGUUACUGGCAGAUCGCCCUGGACGGCGUCCAGGUGGGGGAUACCAUGAUGUUCUGCGCUGAGGGCUGCCAGGCCAUCGUGGACACGGGGACCUCCCUCAUCACCGGCCCCUCCCAUGACAUCCAGCGUCUGCAGCAGGCCAUCGGGGCCACGCUCGGGGUGGAAUCGUGAUAUUCUGUGUUGACUGCCAACCUCGAUGUCAUGCCCAGUAUCACCUUCAUUAUCAACGGGGUCAACUACACCCUCAGCCCAAACGCCUACACCCUGCCGGGCUACCUGAAUAUGGACUACUGUGAAAGUGGCUUUGAAGGCCUUGACAUCGCGCCUCCAUACGGGCCUCUGUGGAUCCUGGGGGAUGUCUUCAUUAGAAAGUUCUACACCAUCUUUGAUCGUGGGAAUAACCAAGUGGGGCUGGCCACCGCAGUGCCCUAAG